AUGGUGGGGCUGAAACCCUCUGACGUGCAGCCGACCCCUGGCGUCAAGUUCCUCGGAGCUGGAGCCGCCGCCUGCAUCGCAGAUCUGGUCACCUUUCCGCUGGACACCGCCAAAGUCCGGCUACAGAUCCAAGGUGAAGCCCAGACCGCCAAAGCUGUCAGAUAUGAAGGAGUCUUGGGGACCAUUGUCACACUGGUGAAAACCGAAGGACCAAGAAGUCUGUACAGUGGACUACAAGCUGGGCUGCAGAGGCAGAUGAGCUUUGCCUCUAUUAGAAUUGGCCUCUAUGACACCGCCAAACAGUUCUACAAUAAUGGAAGAGAAACAGCUGGAAUAGGAAGCAGAAUCCUGGCAGGGUGCACGACCGGAGGGCUGGCAGUCAUAGUGGCACAGCCAACGGAUGUAGUAAAAGUCAGACUUCAAGCGCAGAGCAACCUAUCUGGUGCCAAACCCCGAUACACUGGGACUUUCCAUGCCUACAAAGCAAUAGCAUCAGAAGAAGGAACAAGAGGGCUUUGGAAAGGGACAGCACCCAAUGUGACAAGAAAUGCUAUUGUCAAUUCUGCAGAGCUAGUAACUUAUGAUUUAAUAAAGGAGAACCUUUUGAAAUACAACCUACUAACAGAUAAUUUACCUUGCCACUUUGUGUCAGCCUUCGGUGCUGGAUUUUGCACAACGGUGGUAGCGUCUCCAGUCGAUGUGGUAAAGACCAGAUACAUGAACUCGCCACCAGGACAAUACACCAGCGCUCCCAAAUGUGCAUGGACAAUGCUCAUGCGGGAAGGACUGACUGCUUUUUACAAAGGGUUCGUGCCCUCCUUCUUAAGGCUGGGAUCCUGGAAUGUCGUUAUGUUUGUAUCCUAUGAGCAGCUGAAAAGGGCAAUGAUGGGGUCCAAGCCAACUAUCAACUGUGCCACAGAAUCAUCUUUAUAA